UGAAGCUGGCAAUAGAAAAAUCAGGAAAGAUAAUCCAACGAAGACGACGAAGAUUAGAUAUGGAUAGAAUUGUAGACGUGUGCAAGACGUGAUGCGACAUCUCUCAAGCUAAAGGAACAAGGAGAAGUAGAUAACAGUUUGAAGGAAUUCUCACUGAUAUUACCAAGUUAUGAGAGGAAGAGACGUUCUGCUUCUUCUAUGCCUGGCGGUUAUCGGCCUGCUCGGAACGUCCGCUUUUGGCACCACAGUGACUUACGAUCACCGAGCUUUGGUUAUUGAUGGAAUGCGGAGGCUUCUAUUCUCAGGCUCCAUUCAUUACGCUCGCAGCACUCCUGACAUGUGGCCAGAUCUAAUUCAGAAGUCCAAGGAUGGAGGAUUGGAUGCAAUUGAGACCUAUGUGUUCUGGAAUAUCCAUGAGCCUGUUCGUAAUCAGUACGAUUUUGAAGGGAGAAAAGACUUGGUGAAAUUUAUAAAUUUGGUCCGUGAAGCUGGUCUGUUUGUCCAUCUUCGUAUCGGCCCUUAUGCUUGUGCUGAAUGGAACUAUGGAGGUUUCCCACUCUGGUUGCAUUUCAUACCUGGAAUCAAGUUCCGGACUGACAAUGAGCCAUUCAAAGCAGAAAUGAAGCGAUUCACAGCCAAGAUUGUGGAUAUUAUGAAGCAAGAAAACCUUUAUGCAUCCCAAGGAGGACCAAUUAUUUUAUCUCAGAUUGAGAACGAGUAUGGGAAUAUUGAUGCGUCCUAUGGAGCUGCUGGCAAAUCAUAUAUGAAAUGGGCAGCUUCUAUGGCUAUAUCUUUGGAUACAGGGGUGCCCUGGGUGAUGUGCCAACAAUCUGAUGCGCCUGAUCCGAUAAUUAAUACUUGCAAUGGAUUUUACUGCGAUGGAUUUACUCCAAAUUCUAAAAACAAACCGGCUUUGUGGACAGAGAAUUGGAGUGGCUGGUUUAGUACAUUUGGUGAUGCUAUUCCACAUAGACCAGUUGAAGACAUUGCAUUUGCUGUUGCUCGUUUUUAUCAGCGAGGUGGCACGUUCAACAAUUAUUACAUGUAUCAUGGUGGGACCAACUUUGGUAGAACCACUGGUGGGCCUUUUAUCACCACAAGUUAUGAUUAUGAUGCUCCAAUUGAUGAAUAUGGACUUAUUCGCCAGCCUAAGUGGGGACACUUAAAAGAUGUCCAUGCCGCUAUAAAACUUUGUGAAGUGGUAAUUCUGGCCACUGAUCCAGUAACUACGUCACUUGGUCCAAAUUUGGAGGCCACCGUGUACAAUACAGGACCAUAUCUAUGUGCUGCUUUCCUUGCAAACAUUGAUACUCAGUCUGAUGCAACUGUGAGCUUCAAAGGAAAUUCAUACUACUUACCUGCAUGGUCCGUGAGCAUCUUACCCGACUGUAAGCAUGUUGCACUUAAUACUGCAAAGAUUAACUCGGUAACUAGCAUUCCCGAAUUUGUGUACCAUUCUCUGAAGGACAAUGUCGAUGCAUCUGAAGCAGCCUUAUCAAGCUGGAGUUGGUUUUCUGAACCAGUUGGGAUCUCAAGUGACAAUGCAUUUUCUAGAAAUAGCCUAUUGGAGCAAAAAAGUGUUACAGCAGAUAGAAGUGAUUAUCUGUGGUAUUCAACAAGCAUUAAAAGUGUAGGAGAUGAGGUUUUCCUUGACAAUGGUGCUAAAACCACACUUCAAGUUGAUUCUAAUGGACAUGUUGUCCAUGUUUAUAUUAAUGGAAAGCUUGCAGGGAACGGAAAAGGAAAUAAUGGGCAUCCGAAAGUUUCCAUCCAGGUUCCCAUCACACUUGCACCUGGAAAGAACAAAAUUGAUCUCCUGAGUUUGACCGUUGGCCUUCAGAAUUAUGGAGCAUUCUUUGACUUGACGGAAACUGGGAUAACUGGUCCAGUGAUACUGAGAAGUUCGAGCAAUGGCUCUUCUAAUAUUGAUCUCUCCUCUCAUCAAUGGACAUACCAGGUUGGACUAAGAGGUGAAGCAUUAGAUCUCCCAAAUACUGCUGGUUCUUCUUCAUCAUCAUCAGUUUGGACAUCUGGUUCAACCUUACCCAAGAACCAACCCUUGAUUUGGUACAAGACUAGCUUUGAUGCCCCUCCUAGUAGAAAGAAUCAUACUGAUCCAGUUGCAAUAGAUUUCACGGGAAUGGGAAAGGGAGAGGCGUGGGUAAAUGGAGAAAGUAUAGGGCGUUACUGGCCAACCUACAUUGCUCCAAAUGAAGGAUGCAGUGUGUCUUGUAAUUACAGGGGUGUGUACAGUCCGAGCAAAUGUCAGACGAAUUGUGGGAAGCCCUCUCAAAGACUGUACCACGUACCUCGAUCAUGGCUAAAACCGAAAGAAAACACACUGGUGUUGUUUGAGGAGAUAGGAGGGGAUCCUAGUAAAAUAUCAUUUGCGACAAGGAUUGUCAAAAGUAUGUAAUGUUGAAGAGUAGUAGAAAAGAGUGAGUAAGUGUAAUGUAGUAGACUGAACAUGCUUAUUCUUAUAUAUAUGCACUACAACAAUGAGAAUAUUACAUUACAUAAUUAUUAUAAAUUAAAGUGACUUUUGUUUUA